AUUUUUUCGACUGGGAAAUUUUGGGUCCCCCACCACCGCCGAGUUUUGGACUUUGAGCCACCCAUUUAUACCUUCGGUCACACUCGAGAGCAAGUCCAGCACUCUACAUACCACAGCAGUCCUUUAAGAUGAGCGACAACGGGGCCUCCAAACCUGGCCCUACGCCGGGCGACCGAACCGUGAUUGGCAUCACUUUCGGCAACUCCAACAGCUCCAUCGCUUACACGGUCGACGACAAGGCUGAGGUCAUCGCGAACGAGGAUGGAGACCGUCAGAUUCCCACUAUUCUGUCAUACGUCGAUGGCGACGAGUACUACGGCCAGCAGGCCAAGAACUUCCUCGUCAGGAAUCCCAAGAACACAGUCGCCUAUUUCCGUGACUUUCUGGGGAAAGAAUUCAAGUUGAUAGAUCCUACCCACAACCAUGCCUCUGCCCAUCCCCAAGAAACCGACGACACCGUCUCAUUCACCAUCAAGGACAAGGAGGGCGAGGAAGCCGAGACGUCAACAUUAACCGUCUCCGAAGUUGCCACCCGUUACUUGCGCCGCCUCGUGGGUGCCGCCUCCGAGUAUCUAGGGAAGAAAGUCACGUCGGCCGUUAUCACCAUUCCCACCAACUUCAACGACAAGCAAAAAGCUGCCCUGAUCGCAGCAGCGGCGGCAGCGGACCUUGAGGUCAUGCAGCUCAUCAGUGAGCCUGUUGCUGCGGUGCUCGCUUAUGACGCGCGCCCCGAGGCUCAGAUCGAGGACAAGAUUGUUGUAGUUGCAGACCUAGGCGGCACAAGAUCCGACGUUGCCGUUGUCGCCAGCCGUGGCGGCAUGUACACCAUCCUCGCAACAGUCCACGACUACGAGUUCGCCGGCUUUGCCCUUGACAAGGUACUCAUAGACCAUUUUGCCAAGGAGUUCAUCAAGAAGCACCCAGGAGCCGGGGAUCCGCGCGAGAACCCCAGGAGCUUGGCCAAGUUGCGGCUCGAAGCCGAGUCGACCAAGAAGGCGCUGAGCUUGGGCAGCAACGCGAGCUUUAGCGUCGAGAGCUUGAUCAAUGGGCUCGAUUUUGCCAGCACUAUCAACCGCCUGCGGUACGAAACCAUUGCGAGAACCGUCUUUGAAGGGUUCAACCGACUGGUCGAGUCGGCCAUCAAGAAGGCCGGCUUGGACGUGCUCGACGUGGACGAGGUGAUCCUGUCAGGGGGCACCGCGCACACCCCUCGUAUCGCUGGAAACUUCCGCUACAUAUUCCCCCAAAGCACGAGGAUAUUGGCGCCCUCGACCGAGCCGACGGCCAUUAACCCGUCUGAGCUCCAGGCCCGUGGCGCCGCGCUCCAGGCCAGUUUGAUCCAGGAGUACGAGGCCGAGGACAUCGAGCAGUCCACGCACGCGGCCGUCACAACGGUACCGCACAUCACCAAUGCGAUCGGCGUCAUCUCGCUGUCGGAGUCCGGUGAGGAGGUUUUCGUCCCCAUCGUACCGCCCGAGACGGCCGUCCCCGCGCGCAGGACAGUCCACGUGGCCGCGCCCAAGGAUGGCGGCGACGUCCUCGUCAAGGUUGUCGAGGGCAACACGCACAUCAAGGUGACCAAGCCCGAGCCCAAGGUCAAGGAGAACGGGGACUCCAAGGCGGCCAAGGUGGAGGAUGCCGACGAGGAUGAGGCCGACGGUGACGCCAGCGAUUUUUCGGACGACGAGGACGAAGAGGAGGAGGAGAAACGGGAAAAGGUCUGGAAGAUUGGGUCCACCCUUGCCGAGGCCGCCAUCCGCGGAGUCAAGAAGGGCGGCAAGGUCGAGGUUACCAUCAAUGUCAAUGCAGACCUCUCCGUCAUUGUGACAACAAGAGAGGUUGGUGGAAAGGGCGGCGUUCGUGGGACGUUGAGUGCUUGAGGGGGAGGGAUUGGGAUGAAGCCUUAAUUCUUAGACAUGGGCGGCAUGUAGGUAUAGAAUGCGAGUGAUCUGCGGCCUGGGUAGAGAGGAUUUGGGCGGCAUCUAAAAAGGGCUGGGUAGAUACUGCAGGCAUUUAUGUAUGUCCAUGAAACGGUAGCCUCGUUGUUGUCGUUGAUCCUCUCUGGUCUAUGCUGUACCUACUUCGUGUACAUCUCGGAGCGAAUCCUACCGGCUUUCGUUGAUUUGACGGGGAAGAGCAGCAGAACGAGUCAAUCCUCGCGAAGGGAAGACGACAGCACAGGGAAGACGACAGCACAGGGAAUUUUCCAC